AUGAGCAGCCUCUUCCGCAGCUCGAGCAGCCGGGAGAAGACCCUGGCGGAGGAAAUGACCACCACCAUGUCGACCCUCCUCGAGGACACCAUCCUCAAGAACAUCCAGCUCAAGACCGACAUCGAGACGCUCGGAGACGAGAUAGCGCGCCUCUCGGCCGAGAACAGGAACCUCCUGCAGGGCCUGGGCAUACGUUCGCCGGCCUCGUCGUCAUCAUCGGCCGCCUCGUCCGUUUCUGCGUCACCGCGCGACAGGCGGCCUUCUGCAUCCGACGGCGAACAGGCCGGCGAGGACGAAGAAGAGGAGCCAUAA